AUGAAUUUAGAGGAAGCGCAUUUGAAAAAGAAACUCGAAAAACUUAAUUUUCUCAUUUUUGGAAACCGACAAGAAAUGCUGGAUAGUCGUUCAUUCCGAAGUGCAGGGAGCGAACGCUCUGAUGAAAUGUCAUUACCGUCAGUGAGGCGUACAGGUUUCACGUACAAACGCGAGAAAAUGCCAGUAUCUGUUGGAAUCAUCACAGUGAUUCUUUUCAUUGCUGGCGGUGCCAUACUUUUUGCUGUUUGGGAAGAUUGGAAUCUAUUUGACGGUGCAUAUUAUUCAUUCAUCACGUUAAGUACAAUUGGUUUUGGGGACAUCGUUCCCGGUCAAAGCCUUGGGGAAGGAUCACAAGAAAAACUAAUCGUUUGUGCGUUAUAUUUAUUAUUUGGCAUGGCUUUGAUCGCCAUGUGCUUCAAACUCAUGCAGGAUGACGUAGUACAGAAAGCAAGAUGGCUUGGCCAGAAAAUCGGGAUUCUUGAACCAUAA